AUGGCGCUUCCUGAUUGGAUAGCAACGCCGCUGGUCGCUGCAUCCUUCUUCUGUUUCUUGUGUUUAUCUUUUCGGUACCGGCGGACCACGUUGGCGUUUUGCAGGCGGCUCCUGAACGGGAUAAUGGCUCGAACAGAGAAGCCGCUGUUCCGAAUCGCGUAUACACUCUACACAAGGACCAGACUGGGUUAUAUGUACUACAAGAGGCAAUUGAGGAAAGCCAGGGAGAAUUACCCUGCUGGUCAUUCCACAACCCGUCCUAUGGAGCUCAAUGGUAUUAAAAUAAUUCCUAUCUCCGUUCUGUCUGACAACUACAGCUACCUUGUUAUUGACACAGCCUCCAGUGUUGCAGUUGCUAUAGACCCUGCAGACCCUCAAACAGUUCAGACGGUGCUUGAAGAAGAGGGAGUAAUGUUAGAAGCUAUAUUAUGUACCCACAAGCACUGGGACCACAGCGGGGGCAACAAAGGCCUGAAAAGGCUUCACAGCUCCUGUCAUGUGUACGGAAGCGCGGCUGAUAACAUUCCUGGCCUCACACACCCACUCUCGCACAGAGACACAGUAAAUGUGGGUCGGUUGCACUUUAGGGCCCUGUUCACCCCUGGACACACCGUGGGUCACAUGAUCUACCUCCUGGACGGCCCGGCGGCCGGUUCUCCCUCCAGCCUCUUCUCUGGGGAUCUGGUGUUCCUCUCAGGAUGUGGGAGGAUGUUUGAGGGCAGUGCCACAACAAUGCUCUCAUCUCUGGACACGGUCGGCUCCUUAAGUGACGAUACUUUACUGUGGCCAGGUCAUGAGUAUGCAGAGGACAACCUGCUGUUUGCUGCUGAGGUCGAGCCACACAACGCUACCAGAGAAAACAAAUAUCAGUGGGUGCUGCAGCAGCGAGACCAGAAGCUUUGUUCGAGCCCCUCCACCAUCGGGGAGGAGAAGCAGUACAACCCUUUCCUCCGCAGCCACUCUGCAGAGCUCCAUCAGGCUCUGGGCGUCCAGCAGUUCCUGGACGAAGACUGGAUGCAGUUCAGGGCGCGGGUCUUAGAGGAGCUACGAAAACGGAAAGACCUCUUUAACAGGAGGUAGUAAAGCAAAAGGACUCCAGUACAGAACGGACAAACCAGUGUUUCUGGUUCGAAAAUCUAUGAAUGGGCAUUAUGGCAUUUUGAGCAGAGUGUGACCAAUAGGAAAAGAAGUCCAUCUUUAUUAUUUAAUCGUAACAUAGUAGUCCUAUUUUCUCUCUCCAGGAUUGUAGUUUAAUGAUAAAUUUAUUCCUGUUUAGAGAAUUGCACGUUCAUCUUAUAGUACCAUACACACAAUAAUACACGUCAUGUAGACCUUCAAGAAUAAUGUUUGGUCAUUUUGCAAAUAGGUACAAUCAGGUUUCUUUUACGGAUGCUUUAAGUAGUUCAGGCUGCAAGGUUUUGAAUUGUUAAAUAGUUAGAACUCUUAGGACUUUUUGCUAAUAAUAAUAUAAAACACAAGUUUCCGUUACAGACCUUGUUUAACAGCAGCAAUAUGUUUCUCUGGCUGUUAAAAUUUUGGGAGUAAGUAUGUGUGCUUUUUUAUGUCAAAUUCAUAAAAAAGAUUUGUUUAACUUAACAAAUCCAAUGAUGUUUUUUUUUUUUUGUUGUAGGUAUUUUUUUUUUCCUUUUUAUAGCGAGAUCUGGAUUUUUUACAGUUUGAUUUGAGCCAAAUGGAAAAUCACUAUUUCCUUGCAAAAGGUAUUUGUGUGUGCUCAUCAGAGAAUAUUUCCUUUUUGCUUUUCAGCUGUGUCCAUGUUGGAAGCUUGUUUUUUUUUAUUGUUUUUUUUUUUUUGAGAAGGGGAUGUGCAAAAUAUUUACAAGCUGUCAGUGUCUUAUUUGCAGUCGACGGGAAUCAGAAAUCUCCCAGUGUGGAGAAACACAAAGAAACUGUGACAAAGGGGAUGAACUAUAAGCUGGAUGAGGACAAAAGAGGCGAUGGGGUUAAAGAGCUGCAGUAAUAUAAGAUGACUUCGUCUCCAGGUUUCGGAUAUAUUUCUGUCUGGCAAUAAGUGCUCAGUUCUUCUGAAACUUUCUAGCAAUUUCACUUUUACCAGUUAAACACUUGAGUCCUCAUGUUGGAUUUUGACUUGCAUACUACACACAUUUCCCACCUUCAUCGUCUGAUGAUCGAAUUACUCUGAUCGCUGUUGACUGCAGGUAAAACGCUGAAGUACUUUUCCUUUUCUCACUUGUAAGAAAACAGAAGUAAUAUUUACAAUCUGAAAAUGCUUCACUUUGUGAAUGUGAACAAAGAUAUGUGAAGGUAUUGUGAUCUGAAUUAUGUCACCUUACUGAACUAUAUUGAUGGGAACAAUGCGGCAGCAUGCAGAACUGAGACUGCAUUAAAUAUGAAGACUGGUGUUAAAACAAACAGGCUUUGCAGCUAAAUGUUCCAGGUGAGUUAAAAACAAAAACAUUUUUGUGAUCAGUGUUUCUCUUUGAAAGUUGAAUCUUUGCUGUAUCGACUGAAGGAAUGUUUACCAGUUUAAAACUGUAGUUACCAAACUUAUUUAUGCUAAUAAAUAAGGAUAAAAAGGUAAAAUAACAAUUGCGGUACAGAUUUAAUUUGUGGCUAUAUGAAGUCAGAUAAAAAAUAUAUAUUGACCACUUAUCCAGAGGAGGAUGGAUAUAAGCUACGACGUAAAGCAUUCCACACCAAACCAAUGCAGGAAUGACUGAUAAUAAUGAUGCACAAGUUAAAGACUAGGUUUCUUGAUUUCAAUGAACAGUUUACAUAAUUAGUUUUAGGUGAUAUAAGGAGUGAUGCUGUAUGGAUAUUAAUAUCCUGAGAGCAAGUUCAUAAGUAUUUUAUGUUGGUUUCUUUUUCACUAAGGACGCAGCUAGAAACCAGCUGACAUAAACACCUCUGUUGAUGGCUCUUGACACCACUUGAAUAAUUGUUGAAUGAUUGAGUUAUGCUGUAUUUAUGCAUUAUUAGACAAUAUUCACUUCUGUACUGACUUAAUUUGUAUAAUAUUGAGGCCAAAUAAGUCAAAACAAACAUGUGAUUUUUAUUUUUUAAGUCAAAGUGACUUUGUCUGCUACUUUAUUUUUAUAUUUCUGCCUUUCUUUGUGAGGAUUAUUUCAUGUUUAAAAUGAGUCAAAGCAAAACCACUGCAUUUUCUUUAAAAAGAAAUGUAACUGUUGUCCGUUAAAUGAACCAGAAACACAGUUAUGUACAUAUCUUUGGCUUUCAUGACCCUUUCACCCUGAAUAUGAAAUUCCUUAGGGGAUAAAUUAUGCUGUGACAAGAGCUGACAUCCUCUGUUAAGGUUUACUUAGGAACAACCUCCCUGUUAGCACAAUAGUGAUUUACUGGUGUGAAACUAUCAAAUCUUUGAGAAAUGUUCAAUAAAUAUUAUUUUUAUUGCUUC